AGUAAUAUUAAUAUUAAUAUUAAAAGUUAAUAUAGUAUUUUCUACCUAAAUACAUGACUAUUGGAAGUCUUUUCUGUAUCUAAACAAACUGAGUGUCUCGAGCAGACACGUGUGAGGAUUAUACACAAGGAUAUUUUCCAUGGAGGCGACAAAUGAUGGUUUUGUGCACUUUUUAUAACUUUCAUAUGUUUCCAAUAUGGCGGCGCCCUCGGAAAGAAAAGCUUGAGUUUGUUAUUGAAUGGACUUUAGGCUACGUAGAAUGGAUAAUACCGGACCUACCAUGGAUGUUCCGCCCCCAUACAUGAUGGAUAUUGAAGAAAGCGUUCAGUUCUUUCUCCAAAAAAUUGACUGGGAGCCAAAGGAUAACAUUGUUGAAUCUUUGAGUGAUGAGUUUGACGAGGGUCAACUGUGUGAAACGAGGGAAACCCUUUUGAAGGCUGCGCAAGCUGAAUGGCAAACAAAGGUUGGUAAUAAGUCUAUUGUUUUUGGACUGAAAUUACGCAGAGGAGCCGACAAGCUGAAGGCGAUAUGCCGGGAUGUAUUCGAUUUGUAUAGAUAUUGUGCCGAUUUUGACUCAUCAUCAUUCCCACGAUCUGUCCUCAAUGCUUCGACAAUCUCUGCGAUAGAAACUUUUGUUCAAAAAGACACGGUAAAUGAUGACAACGGUGCCGAUGCAGUUAAAACGAUAGCUCCGUUGGGUGUUAAUGGCCUUAAGGAACAUUAUAUUACAUUAGUCAACAAAAUAAAGGAACUUGAAAUCGCCUUCGCUGAGCUAAAAACCAGAGGGUCACAGUGA